CACACCAAACUCUCUCUCUCUCUCUCUCUCUCUCUCUCUGUUUUGUGGGUAUGGAAGAAGAACCUCAGCCUGUUCAGACCAACGGCCAGGGAGGAGGCGGGGACGAGUUCUACGAGGAAAUCGAGGCUCCCAAGUUCGUAGACUUCACCACACCAGAUCACUUCUGCCCCGACGACCGUUAUUGGUUCUGCAUGCGCGUCGGGUGUGAUCAGAAGCAUGAAGAAGAAUUAGACUCUGAAGCAAUAUACAAGAACUUUGUUCUUAGGGUUAUGGCAGCAAGAAGUCCGAAUGUUAAACUUCGAAAAGCACUGAAUAGAAAGUCGCAAAGUUUGAAAUGCCCACUUACAGCUCCUGCAAAAUCUUCCAAGCCUAGAGUUUCAAGGUUGGCCCUGAUUUCUUCAAUCUCUCAUAAGGUAGUUGAUGCCAAAGAUAAGGCCAGACCUUUCCAUUCUAAGAUCACUGCAACAACCCCAAAUGUUAAGGCAAAACAACCAGCUUCUGUAGCCAAAGCUCCAAGGAUUAGAAAACCCAUCUCAAAUCCAGAUACAUUUCGAAGUGUUAGGAACCCCAAACCAAAAAAUGUUGCGGUGCCAAAGAAUAGGGUCGUGGCAAAAGCUUUGGUCUUUACAUGUAAAUUUUUAUAUUUACAUGUAAUUGAUGGAGAUUUCAAUUGAUACAGACAAGUGAGGCACAGUUGACAUCCUUGAAACAAGAAAUAAAGAUGGAAUAGCUUUUAAAUCAAUAGCUUCAAUUCCUUGUGGAAAUCAUAGCUGACCUAAGAUCUGAGUUGAAGCAAGCAAGGGUUGAAUUGGAGAGGGUGAAAAGCAACCAAGUGAAGCCUUAAAUAGACAAAUCACAAGGGAAUAUGCUUCAUCAUGCUCUCUUUCAGGUCCAGGGAAUGAAACUGCUCUCAACUUCUGGCCUGAAGAACAUUCCAGCAGUGAUUAGAGGUCCGAACCAUAAGUGCUGUAAUCUACUGGAACAAACUUACAAGUUAAGUGCUUCUGCUUUCAACAAAUUGUAUGCCCCUUUCUCUGAAUUUGCCUCAAUAGUCACGAUAAGUACGGAGCCUGGGCAACUCAGAAAUGAUGUAUGCGGAGAUUCCUUCGGGUUGAAAGAGACUUGCUUGAGUACUGGGGGACAGUCAUCUUCUGUUCUUUCCCACUCCAGGAUUUUCGCAUGUUUAAUCACUGGUGGUGUUGAAUCUUGUGAAGAUCGACCAAAUGUAAGUAUAUAACUAAAAAUAAAAAUAAGGCGAAGACAAAACCAUUGCUCCAUCUGGAUCCAGAAGGACAUUUAUAGAACGUGAUGUGGAUCCUAUAUCAGUUUCAACUUCUGUUAAGGUCAGCAUCAUGGGGAUUUAUAACCACAGAAAUAGACAUGGAGCUGAUAUAGAUGUGGCUGUUUUGAAAAUCAGGGAAAUGAUGUUGUGGACUACAUAGAGGCUCCAAGUAUCCAACCUUGAUACUGUUAAUGUUACAGAUGUGAAAGUAUCACAAUAAUCAAGUGGAUAUCCUAGUCAAAUGCUCCUCAUCCAAAUGAGGCAAACAAUGCAGAGGCAGUGCGCAACUUGAGGCCGGAUGGUUUUCUUAUUUUUGAUGGGUGAGGCUUGCAUAGGAUGAUGGGAGUGGGGAGUAAGCAAGAUAUUGGUUCUGCUGAUGGUUGAGCGAGAGUCCUAGGAGCCAUGGCCAUGAUUUGUGAGAUGGGGUUGAGACUCUUCACUUGAAAUCAGCUAAUGAUUAUGAGCUGGGUAAGUAUGAUGGACAUACUGGUCUGUUGGCAUAUGAACUUGGGGAGUUAGCCAUGGAAAAUGAGCUUUGGUGCCAAUGGCAAGGUUGCUGUGUUCCAAAUUUGCGGUUAUACUCAUUUGCUAGGUUGCAGAACUGAUACUCAUUUCCUAGGUUGCAGAACUGAUACUCAUUCAUAUGCAGCAUAUCUGCUGUGUUCCAAAUUUGCUGUUAUUAGUUAUACUCAUUCAGCCAUUCUUCAUUUACAUUACAUCAGAUGUUUGUGGUAAAUGCCGGUAAUGGGUUCAAGCUGCUUUGGAACUCAGCAAGUAGAUUUCUUGACCCUAGAACUACUGGAAAGAUAAAAUGUAUGAGAAUAAGAGCUUGUUCUUUUUUUUCCAUUAUGAGCUGCUCAUAAUUGCUAACUUCUGCGUUGGUUCUACAGGUGUUAUAGGCAACAGAUAAUCAUCGA